UGCGGCCCGAGCGUUCGUCGGGAGAGGUACUUUCGGUGGCUUUAACAACAUCGCGACCACAUGACAGCCUGAAAAAAAAAUUACGUAAAUAUUUCAACACUCACGCAUUGAUUAUGAAACGUCUGUAACUGUUUAGCUGCAGCACUGAUUCAGGGUACCUUUAAUAAGCAACGCUUGUGUAAGUAGUGUGUAACAAAUGUUGGUUUGAAUUGUGCGCUCCCGUUUGACCCUGGUGAUUUUAUUUUAUUAUAUCGUAUCCUGGUCCCGUUCCGUGGUGUUCACUUAACAGUCCAACCCUGUGUUUUGUUGUGAUUUAUUUCUGAUUGGAUUGUCACUUGUUUUUUGAUGUGACAGUGCUGCCAACAUGGUGUAGACUAAUCAAUGACUGUGCCAAUUUGCGUGCCAAAUAUGGCAAUGUCCGAUGCUAGUGUGACUUUGCUCGCGUUAUAACUUCGAACGGUGCCGUUGUUCAGUAAUGAAACGGUGAAAUAUACAAAAUAAAGAUGGGACGACGACGCUGGAGAUUCAUCACUAUCGCUUCGUGCCUCCUAUUUAUAAUAAAAGACACACAGUGUCAAGAUGAAAACGACUUUUACUACACACCGGUAGAACGAAGUUUUGCUCAAGUACAGCCACCUCUGUUUCCAAAUAGUCGACCCUCGACUUUCUUCGAGCAUGGAGACAACUUUAGAGUUUCGCCAACAGCACAACAACCUUUAUAUAAUGAGGGCCACGUCCGAUUUCCAAGCCCUAACUACAAUCAAAAUCCUUCACCUUUUCAACUUCCCACCGGCAGAAGUCAGUCGGGUACGCAAUACUACAUAAAUCAGCCAGAAGUUGAAACACCGCAACGACAAAGGUUUAGGCCGGCCCUUCCAUUCAACUACCAGCUAGUGCAUCCAGCAUCAACAAAAAGGCCAGAUGUUCCACAAAUACAUUCUGUUGCAUAUCAAAAUGAUCCAUCUAAACCAGAAACUUUCCUGGGUCAGAUUACUAUCAAUAACCCAGACAUCGACUACCUCCGAAAUAGUAGAUUUAAAAAUAUACCAUUUGAUGGUAACAGUUUAAAGAGUAAUGGGCAGAGUGGUCAUAUAUCUCACGACGAGGAUAUAGACAAUGAUAAUCAAGAUCUGUUUGAGCAUCACAGAGUUACUACAUAUAAUCCAAACAAAUUAGUUAGCAAACAAAGACUGAGUAAUAGACCGAAUAACUCACGGUUUUCUCCCCUUGAAACAGGAUCGUUAAAUGAUAAAACAAACUACCGUGACAAUUCUAAUAGAGUUGGAUUUGGUACUGAUACAAGUAUACAUCACAGUUCCUCAACUGAAUAUAAAGCGCUUCUUGACAUAGAACCUUUACUUGAAGAUGACAUAAGUGAUAUAAGUUCAUUUAGAGAACUGAUGAAAAACAAACAGGGUUCUUUCGACGUUGAAGUCAUAAAGUCAAAUCAUACUGAUUCAGAAAAAGAUCAGUCUGAUGAUAGUAAGCCCGAUGCUAGUUCUAUGAAUAUGAAUAAUAUAUCCAAACAAAAAUCGUCAAUAAACAGUCCAACCAGUACAACCGUAUCAACUACUACUAUAAAAGCAACUACGGAAAAAGCUGAAACUGUAGAGCAACAUCUACACGAUGAUACGCAAAGUGAUGAAUUAAAUGAUGAAGAGGAAUAUGAAUAUUACGACGACACUGAAACUCCAGAAGUAAAGCAAACUACUCCUACACCGCAUUCUACAGAACAUGUUACUGAUAUAUAUGAUGAAUAUGAUUCUACAGAGGAAUUCGAAAAUACAACCGAUGAAUCAAAUACCAAUUCAACAGAAACGUUCGAUGUUUUAGUCAUGAAACCCGAGAAAACAAUGGUUCAAGAAGACAAUUUCAAACAUUUUGUAGAUACUACUAUGAUAGAUCAACAAGAAAAUGUAACAUUUGUGCUUAAAAAGGAACCCUCCAUAUCCAAUGAAGAAGUUUCUUCUGUAGAAUCACCUUCGAUUCUUGGGCAAGAAGUUGUCUCCGUUGUAACUACAAAAAGUGUUGUAAACGGAACGAUAUCAAUCCCUGAUGUCACCUUUGCUCCAACAACUGCUAAAGUAACAAUAAAAUCCGAUGUCUCAGAAGACAAUUCAAGUAAUGACUCAUCAACAUCCGUUACAACUGAAAAUUGGAUAGUAGUCGCAUCUGUUCAAACAAGCAGGAGUGUUUCUGGUGCACGGUUUUUACCAUUCCCAGCUGUGGGUCAGGAAGAAAAGAAACAAAUAUUAUCAGAUGAAGAAGACGAAGAGGAAUAUGAAGGAGACGAUGAACCUGUUACCAAAAAUCCUAAAUUCGAUGAUACAAGAAAUAUUUCUAAGAGCUCUUCUUCUACUGAAAAUAUAAAUGAUAAAUUAGAUAGCAUUCAAUCUGAAUUGUCAAGUGAUGUCCUUUCAGGUUCAUUAGACAAAGAAAAUAAAAAUAUAGAGCUUAUAACAGAAUCUACGACGGAACUUACUACUACAACAACGACCACGACAACCACUACAACUCCUUCCACUUUAAAUGUAUUUACGGUAAAGAGCAAGCAAGUACCUAAUAUAACAGAAAAGUCCUCCCCUGAUCCUCUCCCAGUGAUGAUAAAGAAGUUUACUCCACGUGCAUCAACAUCUACAACUACACCAAAGCCUAAGAAAAAGCUGGUUACAGUUAUGGAUGAUUUGUCUGGACUAUUGCCACCUGGGUACAAGCCAAGACUAUCAUUUAAAGACAAACGAACUAGUACCACUACAACGACGACUACAACAACAACAACGACACCAGCGCCAUUAUAUGAUGAAGCAGGGCUGAACGGAACCCAAGGUCGUUCAUCAGGAAUAAAUACUAAGAACAGAGUUAUAAUAUUAGAUGAUAAGUCUUUACUUCCUAAAGAAUACAAACCUAAACAACAUAAACCACAAGAGGACGUGGUGACGAAGUUCCAAAAAGACGACAUAAGUAAAUUUUUACCACCAGGCUUUAAAGCAACGUCUUCGGAAGCUCCAGAAGUAAAAGACACAAUCAAACCAAUUUUAGAUAAAUUAAAACAAGUAGAUAUCUCCUCUUUCUUGCCGAAAGGUUUUAAUUUAAAUUCCUCAACAACUGAAAAAGGAAAGGUUGAUACGGAGUUACUUCCCAAAGUUGUACCUGUUAGUGAUAUAUCAUCAUUUUUACCUCCGGGAUUUAAACUAAACUCUACUGAGAAAGAAGAAGAAGUGAGUAAUGUUCCAAUAUUGACUAAUGUCAAAAUUGCCGACAUAUCAAGUCUCCUGCCACCUGGAUUUAAAUUAAACAGUAGUGAAGAAGUUAUUUCAUCAAGUACUACGACCAAAGCUCCAGGUGGAAUAAAACUUGUGUUCCCAUCUCGACCUGGUAGCAAGACAGGUAGAAAAACUACUGCUAGACCCAAUACCAGCAUGGGUCCUGUACCAGUGACACCGAAAAUUCAAAAGGGUUGGCCUACAAGAGCUUCCACUGAAUUCACUGGAUGGCCAUCGCCAUCUACUACACCAUUUUCAAUUGAUAAAUUAUUGGAGGCUCAAAGGAAUGCCACAGCAACAAGUCCGAUGCCAGAUUUCUCAGAAGCAACAACGCGACGAUCUACUACGACUUCGACUACGACACCAGUUCCACCCGCUCCCACCACUCCAGGAGUUUGCAGGAAAGAAUGCGAAAUUGCUGCUACUAUAAAAAUCGUUGCAGGAGCAGAAUGGGUGCCUGAAUUAUUGGAUCGAAACACGCAGGAAUGGCAAAAGCUAGCAAAUGAAGUAAAAGAGGAGCUUAAUUCUGUAUAUUCUAAGGCGAACAAUCUAAAAAAAUGGUAUAAAAAUAUUCGCAUAGACGUAUUUACUAAGGGAUCAGUCUUAGUUGACUACUUUAUCGAGUUGAACGACGUUCAAGAGAGAGUUGAUACAUUAGAUCUGAAGAAAAUGUUCCAUCAGUCUCUUCACGAAGCAAAACCAGGAUCUGUUGUUGAAACACUACAAGUUCAAUCAAGUGACGAGUUUGAUCCAGAUCAGAUGAUGGGUGAUCAACCAGACGAAGAUAGAAUGAAAAAAAGUAACGAAAAAAUGACUAAAACAAUUGAUAAGUCUGUCGGUAAACUGGAAAUCGGAAAAUUUGUUAUGGACCCCGCGUAUACUGAAUUUAUAGUUUUACCAAAACGAGAAGAACCGACUCAAGAGAGUGAUACUGACGAUGAAGCUCUCCUGCCUCAGUGGGGUAUCGCUGUUAUUGUAAUAGCUCUUGCUUCGCUUUUGUUCGUCGUAAUAUUUGGGGUCACUGUGCUGGUGAAUCGGCAGAAGAGUACAAAAGCUAAACAGCCUAUCCCACUUAGUGAAGAUAUGCUCCGAGAGCUUGACAAAAGUCAUAUGGGAGGUUUUGAUGAUAUUCAUCAAGUCAAACAAGACAGAGAGUUGCCCUAUCUUCCAUCGGGAAAGCGUUUGUCGACGGCGUUCAUAGAGCAGCUAGCAUACCCAAAUCCAGGAGAUUCCUGGAGAUCGGAAUGGACACCGCAAUUGCAAAAGUACAUGCAACACUACACACCGGACUCCGGUCGAGGAUCGCAGAUAUACGGGCCCGUUGGAAAUGGAUAUGGGUAUGGUGGUGGUGGAGGUUCGCAACUCUACGGGCAAACGGGAGGAGGGUCGCAACUGUACGGCUACACCGGGGAAUACCCGCGAUCGCACUACUCGCGCCGGCGAUCAGAGUACGACAGCAACUUCUAAAACAUCCCGAGGACAUUUCUAGAAGACACUCUUGAGACUUGACAUACUUUUGACAAUAUCGUCUUUAUAACCUCAAUUUAAUUAGUGUCCCGAAACUCUAUUGUCACUUCACGUUUCGAUCAUCAACAUCAGUUACAGGUUGUGAAAAUUAUAUGUUGUAUUCAUCCAAUCUUUAAUUAUAUCACAGAAUUUAUACGUAUUUUAUAUUAAGCAUAAUAUUUUUAGCAGCUUUUAGUCCGGCCUAUUUAGGACUUUACAGUGCCAACCGUAUAUUUUGCGUUUUGUAUUUAAAAAUAUAUAUUCAAACAAACAACAACUGAAAGUUUUAAAUGAGUAAAAUUGUCUGCCAAAAUUUUAACUAUACGACUGAUUGUGAGAUGUAAAUAAUGUAGAUUAAGAACUCACCAAUAUUAUAAAUCAAGUUAAGUACUUAGAGAAUAGUAAGAGAGACUACAUAAGCGUGAUAUUUCAUUCGUACCGAUACCGUUAUAUCUUAACACUAUCCGAAGAGUGCAAUAAAGGAGAAAAAGGUUAAUAUUCCAGUGUCCAGUGAAACUUGAUACACAUUCAUUUUAUCGAAAUCUAUCGCGUGUCACGUUCGGUGUUUUUAUAAAACGAUGUAAGUGUGCUGUGUAAGCGAAAAAAGUCUAUAAGAGUUUGCUCAAAUAUAUGUAUGAUGUACGGCUGAAAAUGAAACAUCGCGCUGUUGUAGAAUAUUCGCUCUAUGAAAUAUUCUCUGUAGAUAUUUCUGCAUACCUAUAUUUGCUCAGAAAGACGUGGAGCGUCAAUCGGCAACUUGUGAGCGUUAAACGCCCCUUUGUGCCAAAUGUUCGGUCGACGUAUUGUAUAUAAAAGAAAAAGUAUAAAAUUCCCCUUUAUUAGAGGAUAGGUGGUUGUAGUUAUGUGGCUGCAAACCCCAUAGAGUCACAUCCGAAUUCAAAACGGAAAAGUGAUUUUGUAAUGCGAGCGAGUUUAAUUUAUGUGAGCGCGAUGAAAGUAUUUGUUUGCAAAGUAGAUAGAUCCACGAGAUGGGCUUUAUAUGAUGUGUAAUUUUUAGAAUAGUCUUGGAGGGAUUCGCUUUUGAAUGCGGGUGUAAUUCAUUACACAAGAGUGGUAGGUACCUAAAGCUUAGAGGAAAUAUUCCAUACAAGCAGGUGAAUUGUGUGGAAACAUCUCAACAAAAUCUUGUUCAUUUUUUUAAGAAUUUACUAUUAAUAAAAAUGUUAUCGAUCUACAAUUUUAUUAUCGAGAUUAACAUCAAGUGGGUAUAAAUAUACCUACGUUUAAUAAAAUCAAAAUUUUAUUGUUACUAGCUGUUAGAUUCAAUAAAACAAAGCUGAAAAUUUUAAAUGUUUUCUCUGAAAUGAUCCCUUUCAUAAUAAUAGAUGUCGAUGUCGAUUGUUGUUGUAAAUUUCUGAAAUUAUGAAAAAGAGAAAUAUUAUUUGUAUUUAACUACCAAUUAGCAUAAGCAUAGUUGCAUGAUAAUUCGUGUAUAUAAAAUCAAUUUUUGUACAUGUAGAUUUCUAAUUUAACUAUCAUAAUUAUAGUUAGUGACAAACUAAACAAAUAAGACAUUGAAUAUAGAUAUAUACCUGUAUUUCAGUGUAUUAAUUAUUACACACCCUUGAUAAAGUCGAAGACAGCCACAGGACAAAUUAUCCAAAAGGGUAAAAUUUUUCCAAAUGAUUUUAAGCCUUAAUUAGCAUAACUUACGAUUCAUAAUCGGCUGAGAAAAAAUUGUCAUUUUUGGUUUCUUGAUGUGUGACUGACUAUUUAAUAAUAAAAAAACCCAAAUCUUCAAGAGUACAAACAAGCCAAAACAUUUGGCGUAAACGCUACACAAGAGCAUAAGUCGUUAUAGCCCAACUCUAUUUGUGCUAAUAGUUUUAGUCUUUUUAUGUGGCUGGAUAGGUAUAUAAUAAUAAAAGCAAAUAGAACAUUAUAUAUCAUGGUUGCAACCAUAAAACAAUGAUAUGGUUAAGAUUUCUUUAUUAAUUGUCAUUCCUAGAGGAUAGCAAACGACGAACAGAUCUCAUUAAACAAGUUUUUAUUACUUUCAUGAGAGCAUUAGCCUGUUCGCCUAGUAAGUAAUCUUUGUUUUGCAUUUCCCCGAUGAAAGUUUAUGGGAUCCGUCGAGAUGAGUUGCCUUCCGCCUUAGGUGACAAUUUAUAUUCCAGAGCCGUGGGGCAAGUGGCGUAAUGACUUUUACUUUGAUACAAUUCCACCUAGGACUUAAUUAAUGUUUAAAAAUAAUUACUUGUAUAAGUAAUUAUAAACAACUCGUAAGGUAAGUAUCUACGAGUACGUAGAGCUAAGACUUUUCGUUGAGCGUAAUAUUAAAAAAUACUCCCAUAAUCUUUUGGGAAGAGCAUAAAUCAGAGGAACACCGCGAAAUAGUUAAUGAAUGGGCAAUUACCUAUUCCCUAUAAAAUGCUUGUGUCGGCCUCAUAAUGCUUAUGGAAGCUAUUUUCAUGUGAAAUUAGUGAGAUAAACACGCUGAAAGUGCUGAAAAGUUAUUACAUCUACAACCAUGCUUUAAAACCUCUAUUAAAGUUUCUGAAACAGCUUAUUGCCAAAACUAAAACAUCCAAUUUCGUAAUUAAAAAAAAGACUAUCGUAACACCCAAAUGGGUGUUACAAUGUUUUUUUUAUAAAUUUCAUAAUAACACUCUUUCACUUUUUAAAUCCCUUCCUCGCCAAGGAGUUACUUAUCAUACAGCCACAAUUUUCACUGCUCGAUGGGUGGUAUUAUGAAAACCCAAAUUCAUAUUUUAAUAACCCUCAUUUGCAAAAGUUGCAUAAAUAACUAUUAUUCAUUAAAAUCGACACCAGCUGUAUUAAAAUUGUCACUCUGGUAAAUUUAUUACUUAGGUUCUUAUAUUUUAAUAUUCUUUUGUAUGUCUUAAAUGAAACUUGAAUGAAAAAAAAUACUAUAAAUAAGUUCAAAACGAUUAGCUAAUAAAUAGAUAAUCACGUUAAGUAUAGGUCUAUACCUGCUAUACUGCGCUCUAGGUUCAUUAAUUCAUCCAUCGCGUACCUGCAAUAAUUACUUUCCGGAGCUACUCAGUCCGUGGAUAGACUUCUGCAAACUUCGCAAGAAAGUAGUUGGUUCUAUGUUUAUAAUUGACAAUCAAGUACUGCUGUUAUUAUAGAAGUGGAAAUUAAAAAACAAACUAUCUCCAGCAAUUAUAAUCUAAUUUCUUUUCAACUGAAUCCAAAGUUUAUUUAUAUUGUCGCGGUAUUUCUUUAUAAUUAAAUCAUCAACCUAUUAAUGACCCCACUGCUGGAAUGCUAACAUAGGCGUUAUAUAUAUGGGCCAUGGGCCACGCGGCCCUAGUCCUAGUACGGAUUCGUGAAUGUGCACGACUGCGGAUUUUGUUGGGGCGAUUGAUGUAAUGUGCUUUUCAAAGCACAGAGAAUCUAAAAUAUUGUAAAAAGAUAGGUUUUAAAAUUAUAUGAAUUUCGACUGUUUUAUCUCAGAAACUUGGAUCAAGAGAGAAAGGAGAUUGCUCAGCUUCCAUACAUAUUUGGCCUAAAGACCAAUAAUCAUGAAAAAUUGUUUCCUAGAUUCGAAAUAAUAUAUAAAUUACUGUAGAAACGAAUAUUAUUGACGGACACCCCUGAGAACUUCUAUAAACCAUAUACACUGAACAUAUUAAAAUAAUAAAAAACAAAAAAGUUAUAUAGUAAACUAGGGAAAUCAAGCCAAGUACCGAAAUUAUGGAUUAGAUUCAGGUAUAUAGAGCAUGUAGAUUAACAGAUAGUUGCCUGUUUUUAAAGUUAAUGCAUAAGAGUAGGUAACUUUUAAAAUCAGGUGUCAUUUCCGGUUAUAUUAAGGUACUCUGUGAUAGAAACUGUGUGAUGAUUGUGAAUGAGCCACAGAUUAGAGAGAAUUUUUAAACUCUCGUUAACCAAAGAAAGCUAAGAGAUUUAGGUUCUAUAGCCAUAGAUUCAGUAGCUUCAUUAUUUUUGUUAUGUUUUUAAGAUAACCAUAUUUUAUAUUUUUAGUGUAUCACACCUUAUAAUUUUAUUUAUUUAUUAAUUUAUAGUCAGGGAACGUAGGCCCAUAGAUAGAUACCUUAAAGUCUAACAUAUAUACAGAUUAUAAUGUGUUUAUGGAGGUCUUUGGCGAAAAAUGUAUGGCAAUAGACUUUAUGAUGUCGCCUACCAUCUAUAAUAAUUGUCUGAGCACAUUUGCAUCUAGUGAAAAUGAUAAUAUAGUUGUGGAUAUUAAUACCACAGUGUAAUAAAAAAAAUGAUUUAUUUUAUCGAUCUUUACAAAAUAGAUUUGUUUUAAUGUUAUAUAAACAACUUCGAUCAGUCUUUGGCUGAAUGUUACUACACCCAUAGCCAUUAAAAAUGAUUCGUAUGUUUUCCAAACCGGUAAAAUUAAAAGUCCUUUUUAAAGUAAAUAUAUUACACAAAGGUGUCCGUUGAAAUCUAAUGACUGUAAAUUAAAUUAUAAAUUACGCCAAGAAUUACCGUGUAUGUCAAUAUUUUUUGUGCAUUUGGGCCAAUUUGAGCAAUCUCCUUUAUUUUCUCGUAAUGUAGCAAAUUAAGGCCCGUAUUAUAGAAAGAUUCUCAGUGAUUGAUCUAGUCUUGAGCAUAGUUAGAAAGGGAUGUCGCUAUACAUAGCACAUAGCGAUAUCCCUUUCUAACUGUACUCAAGUCAAGAUCAACACUUAUUUGUCAUUCUGUAAUACGGACCUACGUCUACUUAACAAAACUAUUCAAAAAGUUACACUAUCGAAAACUGUAAUUACCAAAAUAUGAAAAAAGUCGAAAGUUACGCAGCUUUUUUCGAUUUUUGACAUAGUGACGUUGGGCGCUCGAGGUCACAAACUUCGUUGGGCCAGAUCAAUGGCGGGGAGAAAUGAUGCAGUAUAUCCACGACAAUGACCAACGCCGUGUUGGUUUGCUGUUAACAAACCCUCGCGACUCUGGUAAUUGCGUGAUGCAUUCGGCAAGCGGCAAGCAGCCUGAGGGCUGCUAGUCGGUGCGGGUAUACUUUAACGUGCACACACGCAAGUGUGGCAUACGUCAAAUCGUCCUCGUCCCCUACCGGCAGCCCGGCCCGUACCCGCUUUUCAAUUAUUUCUGUCUCUAUAAUUGAGUCACGUAACUUCUCAACCUAUGACGCUCACAUGCAUCACCAUCAAUAACUGUGCCUAAUAAAUGGUUUUAAGAAAAUGGGUUUCGGGUUAACCUACUAGUGGUCGAAUUUAUUAUUGUCAACGUAUUAUUCGUUAUAACAAGAGGGUUGACUUUUCCAAAGGUUUUGAGUUGAAAUUCUGCUAUGAACAUUAAUACACCUUAUAAGCACAAAUAAUUGAUUCCGUGUCAUUUCAAGUCAUUGUGUUUGUUUGACUAACACUCACGCAUGCCCGUGACUCCAUAUUAUGUAAGUACAAAUCAAUUAGAUUCGCAGAAAAAAUCCAUCCUCUUGUAAAAACAAUCCUCUGAAAUAUAUUUUUACAACAAAUAGUAAUUACUUCGUCUUUUACUUUCUAGAGUCCUCUUAAUCUUCAUGUCAUAAAAUACAGAUAUUGUUUUAGCGGUAUGCCGUCAGAUAAAGUGUUUAACGAAAAUUUAAAACCUAAAUUUUUUAUGUUGUUUUAAAUAUAUUAAUUCUCAGGUUAAUUAAUUCUUAUUCUUUCAUAAAAGCUUUUGAUCCC